AGCUGUAAAAAAUGUCUAUUUUUAGUAGAGAGUGGUCCUUGCCAUGCUGGUUGUUGAAUAGUGUUUUAAUGGUAGCGAUUGUGUUAUGUUCACCGUUGCUAUUAAUUGUUCUCCUGGCCCUUCAAGUUCACCGACAGAUUGUUAAGACAUUGUUAAUCAAAACUUAUGGUGCAUCGUUUCGUGGAUUGUUAGAAGGAAUGGAUGUGGUGUGGGCUGUACAAGCCAACAGUUCGAAAGCAAUGACAAACGUACUGAUUUUAUUUGAUAAGAAGUCAUCAAUAAACGCAAGCAAUGAAAUCUCGCUUAUGCUACGCAAACGGAUUGAAAAUCAUCUGAAAGCGGGUGCUUACGAAAAAAUGUUUUGGCAACGGCGUGUGCAAUGGGGCUAUUACUAUUGGAUACAAAAUCAUACAAUCUCGUUCGAGCAUCAUGUACGUCGACUCGAUACGUUGCCAAAUACGAAAUCAAUGUCACGGCAGGACCUAUGCCGGUUGAUAGGUUCAAUAAGUACUCGGGAAUGCAUUGAAAAUGGAUCUUGGGAGAUUCUUAUUGGAACGCAACCAGUUUAUUAUCGGCAAGGUGAAGCGUCUAUGAUUCCAGUUCUUUUCAGAUAUCAUCAUUCUAUUGCUGAUGGUGUUGCAAUGUUUAGGUUGCUGUGCAACGAUUUACUCGACAACGAUCAAGUUGCUAUGCAACAAUUUUAUCAAGAUGAUGAGGCAAAUGCGUUUCAUUCAGAUAAAGAUUCAGUUAAUCAGCCGUCGAUAAAGUCUAGUGUUAAUUGGCGUAAGCUUUGGCAGGUGAUCUUUACUGCCCCAAGGUUUUUGAUUCAUGAGAUACUUUUUAAACGUGAAGAGAACAUCUUCUAUGGACCAAAACCCAGUGAACACAAGGUAACGUACUGGGUGCAUGAUGGCUCCCAUAACGAACAAAACAUGAUCAUGCCAUCAAUGAUAAAUACGAUAAAACAAGUAAAAGGUUUAGUGAAAGGAUGCAGCUUUGGGGAUGUGUUUCUACUGGCAUUUGCUAUGAGCUUACGGAACCAUUGCGAACGACGAAUGGCGAAAAUUCCUCCUUGCCUUACUAUUGGCAUUAUGCGCCGUUUUGAGCAAGAAUCAAAAUUUGUGCGGCUGCACAAUCGCUCUUCGCCGGUGUUUCAGACACUUCCUGUAGGAUGUUUACCGAUUCCACAAUCUCCACACAAUAUACCAGAGCUGUUAGCUCUUCUACAAUGUUUGAAAAAGGAAAGCGACGCUGUGCUUGCUUCUGCAAACGCUUUGACAACCUACUGGAGCCUUUCAUACCUACCUGUUUUACUGCCUGUUCCAGUCAUGCGCAUAAUAUUCGCGAGAAGCAAAUUUUCUAUAGCAUUUUCUAACAUUCCUGCGUUGGAGAAAAAUGUGUCUGUUGGCGGAUUCGAUCUCGUGGACGCUUGUUUUUGGGUUCCAAACACUGAAGGUAACCUUUUCGGAUUGACUCUUUUAACCACUGACGGAAGACUACACAUUGGUGCAAUUGCUGACCGUGUAAUUAUUGAUGGUGAAGAGGAACUAGAGACCAUACUAAAUGAUAUAGUAAGUGAAUUGCGAAAUUUUGCUCAGAUAGUAAAUAGUAAAAUACUUUAGCCGUGGAAUGUGACGAAAUCAUAUUAUUGUUUGUGAUGAUAAAUGAUGCUACAGCAAAAUAAACGAAAAGAAAAGAAACGAA